UCUUGUCUAAUGCGGGAGGGGCUGGCUUCAGACAAGGCGCCAUUAGUGCUGCUAAAUAAGUCAAGAGGCUGGAGUUUCUGCUCCAGAACUAAAUAGUGCUCUCAGUUGAACCCCCAGGGAUGCAUCGCUUUUCUAACUACACUUUUGAGUUCCCAUCCAUCUGUCGUAUCUAUCGAGUCCAAAACAAGAGGGAGUUCAGCUUCGGCAUUUGCUUAACCCGCUCGUAUAUUGAUUCUUAAUAGUCAUCGGCACUCUUAUUUCAACAGUGCUUGUUAUAUCCAUCCAUUUUUUAGGAUGUUGUCUCCAACAUUGUCACACGUGACCUUCGAGAGAGACAGGUUACACACUGCCUCGAACUGGUUGCCAGCCAACGGCAGGGCAUGUACAUACAAUGCAGAGUCUUGGGUGAACUCGUGCCAAGUUGUCCAAAAAAUAUGAUUUACACUCAAGUCGGUCUCAAAUCUGUACGUCUGUUUGGCCUGUCUUUUUACAUAGCAAGUAUUUGUUUUCGGGUGACUUCCCGGUCAGUGAAAGGGUUAAGCAGCCUGACUUGGCAAGCGGACUGCAGGCGCGCCGGCCGGCCUCCCUCGGCAGCCCAGUCCGCCCACCCGGCCUGCACUUUGCUGUGCUUUCGGCGGAGGUGCAGGGGGCCUCGCCUCGCAGCCUCUUACUCACCACCGCGUUAGUACUCAUAUAAACAAAGGAGUUUGGAUAUCCCGUUUCCCCCGUGAUUUUGGACCAAAACACAAUAUAUUUUUGCAUAUGUUUAUUGUCUUUCCACCACCGGCUGGAUGCCGAGAGGCGGAGGCACAUCUUUCUUCCGCCUACUCAAGUUGGGACGCCGACGCUGCCAUGUCACGAAGGUACGAAAGCAGGCAGGGGAACAGGAAAGCAAUAGUUAUUCUAUAGUUACGUCUUCAUGCCCAGUCUUUAUCUUUAUUUUCUUCAAAAUCACAGAAGCUGCACGGUGAGAUAGUUCACCGCCUCGUCCCGUUCAAAUUAGCGUACGUUCCGGCCGGGAAGAUUGCCACGCCAAUUUUUACUAAAAUCUGCUAUUUCAGUUUUAUUCUAAGUGAAAUUUACCGUUCAGUUAUAUUACAUGAGGUGACCGGUAGUUAAACGCUAGGUUAUGAUAUAAUUUAGAUUUAGCUAAAGAAUCGAUUUGUGGAAAACAUUCUCGUUUACAUUUCGUUGUGUUGACAGUGAAGUAACAGGAAGUCUUCGUCAUCACGUCAGUUAUGAGUCAUUAUUUCAAGGUGACUAAUUAACGGCAGGUAUUUUUAGUAUGCAACAUUUCAAAACGGCCGCCUUAAUUCCGGGUGGAUUCACUUUUACUUGACGUGGAUGGAAAAUGUCCACGGAAACAAUGCGUUGUUUUUUGCGCCGGGAUCACUUUGCAUUGUCACGGAGAAAGAGGAGCCCAGGUGGCGGGUUUCGUUUGGCACGCUGUAAUUUUGCCUCCACUUUUCACACCUUUCUUUACUUGUGCGGGGCCAGUCCCCUUUGUUCUGCCCAAGUUUGUUGUCAUUUUGGACAAUUUACCUUUUUUUUCCAUGUGUAAUGCGCCCCCAUGUAUAAUGCGCACCCUAAAAAUGGCAUGUUGAUGCUGGAAAAAAGGCUGUACAAAUUUCGACUCCUACUUAAGUCCGUAAACGUAAAAUUAUUUCAGAAAAAAGAUCAUCUUUGGGAACAACCGGAUGUUAUUCUGCCGGAACAAACCUGCACAUAGAAUUGAAGUUGAUGUUUGGAUCAUUUUUUUCUGCACUGCUGCCUAGAGAGCUUUGCCCCUGUCUUUUUUUUUUUCCCAUUAUUAUCAACUGGAGCGCCGAACGGCAGCAUGCAGACCUCCUCGCUGCGCCGGCAGGUGAAAAACGUGGUCAACAACUACACGGAGGCGGAGAUCAAGGUGCGCGAGGCUACCUCCAACGACCCGUGGGGCGCCUCCAGCACGCUGAUGGCCGAGAUCGCCGACCUGACCUACAACAUGGUGGCCUUCACCGAGGUCAUGGGCAUAAUCUGGAGGCGGCUCAAUGACCACGGCAAGAACUGGCGCCACGUUUAUAAGGCGCUCACCCUGCUGGACUACCUAAUCAAGGCAGGCUCAGUGCGUGUGGCCCAGGAGUGCCGGGACAACAUCUAUUCCAUCCAGACGCUCAAAGACUUCCAGUACGUAGACCGCGACGGAGAGGACCAGGGCAUCCACAUCCGCGAGAAGGCCAAGAAACUGGUGGCUCUACUGAAGGACCCGGAGAAGCUUAAGAAUGAUCGGGCCCAGGCUUCCAAGACCAGGUCGCGCAUGGUGAAGCUCUACGGCGAAUAUGGGGAGCUGCCUCCUCCGUACCCGGCCACCCACGCCGCGCACUAUGAGACGUCCGAGUCCAGAAGUUCGCCCUCGUCUCUCCAACCCUCCUUUUCCUUGCCUCGGCUGGCGCCCGACUUGGAGCAAGCUCGGCCGACCACCACAGGCGAGGAGGAGCUGCAGCUGCAGCUGGCCCUGGCCAUGAGCCGCGAGGAGAGUGAAAAGCCCACCACAACAACGGUGGUUCUCGAUGAAAAGACAGCAAUGCAGAUCGCGGUGAGCCUGAGCAAAGAGGCCAAGAAGUCUUUCAAGCGGCCAUUUACAACGCUGGAGAUAGAUGAGGACUCUCAACUCAAGUUAGCAAUGAGCAUGAGCAAGGAAGUGCACCAACAGGAGCAACUUGGUCGCCAAGGAGACGACUCGAUGCUCAAGAAAGCUUUGGAGGAGAGCAAACGCGAGAUGGCGUCUAAAGGCGGGACUGCCUUCAUGGACCUGGUCGAUGUUUUUGCCGCACCCAAAGAGCCUCCUCCAAAGGAAAAAGUGUGGCCUAGAAGCGCGGGUGUCACGGAGCCCUGGAACCCCUCGGACGGAAGCGGCGGCUCGCCGAGAGCAGCCGACGCGGCCUGGGGGAUAAUGCCCGCCUCCGCCAGUCCUCCUCCGCCCUGGGAGCCCAGCCCGCCGCCCGGCAACCCUUGGGACCCCCCGGUCGCCGGCAACCCGUGGGCCUCAGGAUCAUUGGCAGCCGAUCCCUUUACGACAGCCAAAAAGUCUUUCCGAGCUGUGAGCCCCUCAGAUGACGAUUUGUUCGACGCGGCCAUGGAUGGAGGUAUGGCCAAUGGGCGGAGGGCGGGCAGUCCCGACAUGUUUGACAUGUCCAAACUCGUUAAGAGCCUGGCGGAGCCCCAGCCUCGUAUGUCGCACACACCAGAGUCGUUUCUGGGCCCCGCCACCGCCUCUCUGGUGGACCUGGAUGUGCUGAUUCCUGGCAACCCCCAAGCCAACCUCAACCCUUUCCUAGCAGGUGGGGGCCCUUCCACCAUCGUCAACCCGUUCGAUGCGGAACCAGUCCGACACACUCAGGAACAAAUGGGCUCAGCCAUGGCACAACCUUCCCUCCCCUACAGCGCCUCCCUGCCACUGGCCGGCAGCCAGCAGCCAGCCAGCCUGCCGUCGUCCUUCAGCCAACCUGACCAGAGCGGCCUAGAGCUGCCCCAGCCUCUGUUACCCUUCUCCACGGGCGCCGCUCUGGCCUCACAGCCCGCGUUGAACAGUCAGAACCCUUUCCUCUGAGGAACCAUUCAACGUGUCACAAAAAGGGAAAUGAAACUAUAGCGAGCUCCAAGGAAUCAAGUGAAACCCCCUUUUUUUUUCCGACAAGCUAAUGCUGUGCUAACAGGUUGGAAAGGAAAAAUGCUUUUUGAGCAUUUGCUAAUUGGACUCAAAUGUGUUCUGUUGUGAAGUCAACAAUCCCGUCGCAUACUCAACUGUUUGUGUCACCGCCACCACCUGCUGCUGCUGGUGCUGCUCUUCACCAUAAACCAGGGGUGGGCAAACUACGGCCCGCGGGCCACAUCCGGCCCACGGGACCAUUUAAUCCGGCCCGCCAACCCUGAAUAAAUUGUAUUAUUAAACUUUUUUUUUGGUCAUUUUGCCUGCAAUGACUGCGUUUCCCCGUAGAUGGGGAAGGCGAGCGGCGCAUUUACUACCGGAAGCCGCGUCAGAAAGCUCCGUGCACACUCACAAGUGCGUGUACGUACUCGGUAGUACAGAUAUGGCGCACUCGCGCUCUAUUUGUAUCAGUCCCGAAUUUAGAGCGUGGGCUGUGACGACAGCAUUCUUGUAAUUCGGGCGCGGAGCUUUCAGAUACAGUUUUACGCUAAAGCCACCCACAAACCUUCCCCUGGAAUCCUUCUAUUAAAAUGAGUCGCCCAAGGAAAAGCAAGGUGGACACAGUGCCGAGCGUUUAAAAAAAAAAGAGUGGCCAAUUUGGCUCGACGUACGCAACGUGACGUUCAGCCACAUCAACAUCAACCCGUCACAGAUCGAGGUAAACGGACCAACACCUCGGAGCUCUCCUAAGAAUUGCCACAACAAAUUUUACUCCAGACUAUGACGCACUAGCAAAAAAAGGAGACCAACAACACUGUUCCCACUGAAAAUGAAGGGGAGGCCCUCAAGUUUGUUGUAAAAAAAUGCAUUUUAAGUAUGAUUUGUACACAUAGCAGGGAUUGAAACUAGCGACUAUUCUCAUUUUCAAACAAUGCAGGAUUGCUCAAGGACAUCGAUGUACCACCUGUUUGCGACUAAUCUUAACCUGUAAAGUUCUUAAGGGUUACUUUAAGGAAGUGUUUCCCGUUUCCUCACCUCUGUUACCAGGUGUUUAUAAGUUAAAACUCUGCUCUGAUGUUCAGAUACCCUUCACCGUGUUGCCGUUUUGAUUACUUUAUUUGGACGUAUGCUUUCACCGAUUCUUCAAGAUGAUAUUGUUGAGAGAUGCUCUCAAUUAUACAUUUUCCUAUUGUAUGUUUUGUCAGAAUAUGUUUAAAUUGUGUUAUUUUCUUAUGACAGCAUCUUGAUUUAUUGUGUGAUUGGAACCACCUGUGAUGACCUGUUAAGUGGGCGUGUUUAAUAAAAAGCCUUCCUGCAUGCUGCACAGUGGGUCCCUACAAGCUGUCGCCGCAGUAGUCGCAGAGAAUGGUGUGCAAACAGA